AAAUACAUAUAAAUAUAUGAGUUACAAUGUAUAUAAAUAUAUAAAGGACAAUCAAUAAUUAUAAAUAUAUAAAUAUAAACAAUUUAAAAUGAUAAGAAGAAUAGUAUGGAAUUUAAUGCGUGUACCGGAACGUAUUUCACUUUAUUUCAAAGAAAAAUGGUACAGAUGUAAAAAAACUUUUUUAGUUUUAUUUUAUAAUGAGUUUAUAGAUUGGGGUUAUGCGUGUGAUACUUUAAUGGAACCUAUUUUUUGGUUUGUACAAAAUUUCACAGUGAUAUUGGGCCCGAUCCUGGUAUUUAUAGUAUCAGUAUUAACAGCAAUAAUUGUUUAUAUCGCUUAUUACAUUGGUUUCCCAUACUGGUGGAAUAAAAGCCCAUUAAUGACCGUAGUAUUAAUAACAAUCGGAAACUGGUUACUGGUAAAUGUUUUAUUUCAUUAUUACAUGGGUGUUAAUGUACCAGCUGGUUUUCCACCAACCGGUGGAUUAAUCCCUGAAGCUGUCAGUAUUUGUAAGAAAUGCAUUAGACCAAAACCUCCACGUACUCAUCAUUGUUCCGUCUGUAAUAAAUGUAUUUUAAAAAUGGAUCAUCAUUGUCCAUGGCUGAAUAAUUGCGUCGGGCAUUACAAUCAUCGUCAUUUUUUUCAAUACAUGGCAUUUACAGUACUAGGGGUAGUAUUUUUAAUGCUCUUCGGAGUUGAAAUAGCAUAUCAAGAAUAUUUUCCAUCUCAAGAUCCAGAUCUCCAGGGUCAUCCUGUUAGAAUAAAUAACUCUGUUAUAAUUCCUGUGACAGAAUCAAUGGAUCAUUUGAGCCCAGAAGAAUUAUUGGAAAUUGCACGUAAAAAUGAAGAAAUAGAAGAACAUGCUUUCAGACGUCGAUUAAUUUUAUUCGCGGCAUUGAUUUGCGUCGCGACGUUUGCGGCAUUGGGAGCACUGACGUUUUGGCAUGCAGGAUUAAUAGCAAGAGGCGAAACAAGUAUCGAAGCUCGUAUCAAUUCAACAGAAGCUGCCAAAUAUAAUAAUUUAGGAAAAACUUAUGAAAAUCCUUAUGAUUUUGGACCGAGAAAAAAUUGGGAAAUAUUUUUAGGACUCCGUGGACGGAGUUGGUGGAAUAUUUUAAUGCCGUCUACUCAUAAACCUGACGGUGACGGUCUCGUUUGGGAAACAAUUUAUGAUAAAAAUUUAAUCGAUAAUUAUGAGACCAGAUGACAAAUGGAAUUUUAUAAAAAUGUUUAAAAUUGUCAUAUUUUUCAUGAUAUUAU